AUGAGAGCUGUAUUUGCUAAGACCUUUUCCCCGCUCUUCGCACUCUUGCUGGUAACGUCCUCUGUUUUGGCUAAGAGUUUGCAUAGCAGUCGAAACAAAGAUGAUUGCCGUUCUCUGAGAAUAAAGAAUAAGACAGGAAAACACGUCAAGAAAUGUUAUCCUGGGUACCCGCGAAAACCAGUCUCAUAUUUGCCUUACCGAAAUUGCUACCGAAGAUUCUUCGCAGGCAAGAAACCACCGGAAGGUUUCCGACGAAGUAAUUCUCACAAUUCCAAUAUUAGAUAUAUCUGUCAGAAGCCAAAUGGAAGACACGAGAGUCGAUAUGGAACAAUGUUUGACGAAAGUUUGGGACUGGCGGUAUUUUCAGCUUACACCUUAACAGCCAAUGAUGUUGCUUUCCAAGACCGAGAGCGCCCAGCUUCGUGGGCUAGAACACCAGGUAUUAAAAAUCAGGGAAGUGAUGCAAUAUACCCAAGCUUACCAUACAUUCGAGGUCAGUUAGUCCCCGCACUUACCUUAUCGAGCACUGGAAAAGAUAACGAGGGAUGGCUUUCGACUUUCACCUACACAAACGCUGUUCCACAACGGCCAGAUUUUAACAUGGGAGAGUGGUUUGAGUUUGAAAACAAGAUUCGAUCUUAUGCAAGAAAUGACUGCAUCGCAAAUGGUGGCAAGCUGUACCUUUUAACUGGUACGUCAUUCGUUCAUUCCGAACCUGAUUGGCCGAUUUGGCCAAGAGAUCCCAAGAGACAACCAUGGUUGGCUAAUAUUAAAAACAAUUAUCUUAUUCCUAAUGAUCCUCCGAUAGCUAUUCCGGUAUCUUUAUGGACGGCUGGAUGUUGUAUUGACUUGAAAAAUGGAGACGUGAAGGGGAAUUUUGCAGUGAUUGGAAAUAACGAAGAAGAUUCUCAAUUGAUGCACACCAGGCAAAUUUCGGUGGACCAAUUGCAGAGUAUCCUCAAACAAGACGAAAAAGUGAAUGAGAAUUCAAACAGAGUAACGCUCUUCCCAGCCACACGGGGUUGCUCGAAGGAGUCCAAACAAAUCACUUUACCAUUGUUUUGAAGGACUACAAUAGGUUUGGGUAUGGGAGGGGUGGGAAGGGAUAUGCAUCUCCCAGUCCUCACUGAGGAGAAACGUUUCAUUUAUUGCGCUUGACUAUUACCAGUCCCACAAGGGGAAAUAGUUUCCCAAUAUCGGACCUGGGUGACUCGGAAUAAAAUUUAAUUUUAAACAAGUGCAAACGUUUUGAAUAUAGAUACUGUGUCGUUGAAGGUUACAUUACUCAAAGGAGAUACGAUAGGACAAAGUUGAAAGGGGAGAAAUGAUAAGACAAAGACCACUGCAAGGCUCAUAUAACGUUAUAUAUUUUCGAAAACUUUCCAAUGAAAAGUAAAAUAUAACCUGUUCUAUGACGCUAAAUUUAAAUAAUGAAAGUAUGGAAUUUAGACUACAACUACAUGUUACAAUUGUAAUGACAGCGAUGAUUUAUACGAAGUGUACGAAGCUUUAGCUUUGUCUGUGCAUGAACAAUACAAGAUCCUUGAAAAAUUCAGGGUUACUAAAUAUAGAAAGUGCAUGUGUGGAUAAUUAGAAUUCUUUCAAUUGUGAGGUAAAAACUAUUAAAUAAAUUUCGCGUUUCCUUUA